GGGGUCGGUGUCUGCAGCAUGGAGCAAGGACUGGUCGUUACUCAGCUGGACAUCCAGCCCCAGGAGUGCAUCAAGAUCAAAGGGAAGAUCCUCUCUGAUGCUAAAGGGUUUGCCAUCAAUGUAGGGAAGGACAGUGGCAACCUCCUGCUGCAUUUCAACCCCCGCUUCGACUGUCACGGGGACGUCAACACCAUUGUGUGCAAUUCGAAGGAGGAUGGCACGUGGGGUGAGGAGGACAGGAAAGCUGACUUCCCCUUCCAGCGUGGUGACAAGAUUGAGAUUUGCGUCUCCUUCAAUGCAACAGAGGCAACGGUGAAGCUGCCCGAGGUGGAGUUCCAGUUCCCUAACCGGCUGGGCAUGGAGAAAAUCGAGUAUCUGGCUGUGGAGGGUGACUUUAAAGUCAAAGCCAUUAAAUUCAGCGAGCAGCUAUAGCUUGGUUUGUUUGGUGUUCUCCCCCUGCGUAGUGAAAUAAACCUAAACUUGCAGUGGC